CAAUUCUUUGUGAAGUUCGGCGCUUCCUAAGUAGGAAGCUCACAACGAUGUCAUUUGAGGCGCCAACGUCGACGUCCUCAGUUUCUUCUGAAAGCCACAAACUCUAAUAUACAUAUAUACUCACUGGCCAGUGGCCACCAGACCGUUGGCCAUAUAGCCAUAUCUAUAUAAGUUCAAUUAUCUCGCGCCCCGGUUUUCUUCAAGGGGAGAGAAAAGUUCAAGAAUGGCCCAAGUUAUCACGUCUGGUAUUCCUCUGUCCGAGGUAGAGAAGCACCAUACUCUGGCAAGGCGUCUGGAGGGCGAGACACCUUCGUUCAACAAUUUGGUCGAAAAUUCGCCUGGUGAAGUGGCAGAAACAAUACACAGAAUGCACGUGGAGCGCGACAAAAAUCGUUUUCUUUUGGCUGCCUCUCUUUCAUAUUACAUGGAAUCAGCGUCCAUGGGGGAAGCAGACUGGAUAGCGUUCCUCGCGUCGGACUUACCCAACACGCUCAUGGACAUCGCACUGGACGAUGGACUCUAUCACGAAGUGGAGGAAAGCGAGAGAGCACAGAUGUACUUAGACAACAUUCUGUCAGCACUUGCUGUCUGUCUGUUUCAGUUCGACGACAGUACUCAGCAACAGCACGAGGAUUGCGCUAUAUCGCUUGUCCGUAAAGCACCUUCUCUCUUCUCCAAGGUCUGGGAUAAGCGUGGCGUCCUCCUUAGUCUUGAUCCCUGCGGACCAGAGAUAGCCAUGUCUAUCGAAAAUCCUGUGAAUAUUCUAUCUAACUAUAUGGACAUGUACGCAUGUCAACACAAACGGUACCCAUCAAUCGACGACGGAUGCCUGGGUGACCUUCUUGUUCGUUGCUGGAUUCUCUGCGAAGAUGCCGAACUUGGGGAACAAUACUUGGAGUGUCUGUUUUUGAUUUUGGAUCCUUCCGAAGGCCGGCCCAUCGACAUGUAUCAACUACGGUGUUUCAUUUUCCGGACUUUAGGCUCUAGCGAGCAUGCAAUCUACAUUGUGCGAAGGAUGCUUGAUGUCCUACUCAAUGAGGAGGUCAAGAAUGAACAUCUUUGUAAAGUUCUGACUCUUCUCAGCAUUACUCUCGUUCAUUGCCCCCCCAUCCAUGGAGUUCUUAGGAGAGAUAUGUCGGUCCCCACUCUAAUCCAAUGUCUUGCCAAUGUUGCUCGCCUGUUACAAGGAGCCGCAGACGACGAAAUUGCGUCCGCCAUGAAGUUGAUCAAUGAAUCCCAGCUCAUCCCGAUGGAGUCUCAGCUAUACUUGCAAGCUCUGCGAGAUAAUGAUCAGUCAUUUAUCCCCGUCCUGGAUACUAUAUUGGACUUCUACAGCACCCUUGGCCAGACCGAAGCCCGAGCUCAGACGAAUAGCGCGGAACUGAAAGCCCUUCGAUCUCACGUUACCAGAGUACUUGCGCCCACCUUGCAGAAAUUACGCGCCCUUCCGUCUUCACUCAGAAGGACUCGGGCGAUCAACAAGUGGACAAAUCUGGCCAAAGCUCUCGAACUCCGAGAGACCUCGUGGCCGGAGGAUAUCACGAUUGAUGACUCCAGUCACUCUCAUUCUAGGAGGUGCCAUUGGCACGACUGUAUGUGUUCUCACACCGAUCCUGCACACUCCAUUCGUGUCUGCAAGGGCUGCUGGCAGGUGUUUUAUUGUAGCCGGCAGUGUCAACGAAGCGAUUGGACAGAGGGCGGGCAUAGAAUAACAUGCCGUCGUUAUCAUAGUUAGCGCGACGCUCAUGUCAUACCCAUAGGUGUGCCCGCGAUUUACCAACGAAUGUGGGUUGUAUUGUUAUUAGUGUACCGAUUAGAUACAUUAUUUUAGAGUUAUCAUUUCAGUGUACGCGCUAGACGUUGUUAGAGCGUUACAUGGUGCCCAAUUCGAACAAGCUUUGUGAUUAGCGCGAAUUCUUUUGUUCUAGGCCUCAUUCAAUGAUAAUAUGUAAAUGCUGCCGGAAAGCUCAUUACAGUACUGCAAGCACCGUGGUCAUAUAAUUUUGUGUAAUUUGAAGGCAGUCCCGACGAAACUCCAAGAGGUCU